UUGCUCCUUGUGCCCAGAGGCAGAACCAUGGAGAUCGUGGCGGGGGCACUGCCGAGCCUCCUCCCCAAGCUUGCUGAGCUGCUUACUGGCGAGUACAAUCUUCAAAAGGAGGUGAAGGGGGGGAUCAUCUUCCUCCAAGCCGAGCUUGAGAGCAUGCAAGGUGCCCUAGAGAAGAUCGCCAAGACACCAGCAGACAAGCUUGAUGACCAGGACAAGGUAUGGGCUAGCAAAAUGAAGGAGAUGUCCUAUGACAUAGAGGACACCAUUGACACAUAUAUGGUGCGAUGCAAGGGGAGGGAGCCGGUUGAACAGCAUGGCUUCAAGAAGGCCAUUGAUAAGAUGCUCAAAUGGUUCAGGCAGCCUAAGAUUCGUCGUAAGAUUGCUACAGAAAUCAGAGAGAUCAAGAGCCGUGUCAUAGAGGUGCACGAGCGUCGCCGCAGAUAUGAGGUCAGCCUUGGUGUUGAUAAACCUGUUACUGUGGAUCCUCGCUUAUUCGCUCAGUACACGGAGGUGAAAGAGCUUGUAGGCAUUGAUGAGGCAAGGGAUGAGUUAAUCAAUAAGAUUUUCAUAGAAGAGAAUAAAGUUCCCUUGAAGCAAGGCAGGAUAGUUUCAAUUGUUGGAUUUGGAGGCCUGGGAAAGACAACUCUUGCCAAUGCAGUGUACAAAAAGAUUAGAGCAAAAUUUGAUUGCUAUGCUUUUGUUUCUGUUUCUCAAACUCCUGACCUGAAGAAACUGUACAACAGCUUGCUAUAUGAUCUUGGCAAGAGCAUCAAUGAAAAAACAUUGGGUGAGAGGCAGCUCAUAGAAGUACUUAGAGAAUUCCUUGAAGACAAAAGGUAUUUUGUUGUUGUUGAUGACGUAUGGGAUAUAUCAGUUUGGAAAAUGAUUAGAUGUGCUUUGCCUGAUAAUGAUGUUGGAUACACUAUUAUUACAACCACCCGUAUUUCUCAUGUUGCUGAACAAGCUGGGGGUGCUUACAACAUGAAACCUCUUUCUUUGAAUAACUCCCGAAAACUACUGUAUAGAAGAAUAUUUGGUAAUGGAAACAAAGACAACAAUGAAGACAUAGUAAAAUGUCCUGACGAUGAGUUGGCCGAAGUAUCUGACAGAAUACUGAAGAAAUGUGCUGGUGUGCCAUUAGCUAUAAUUACGAUGGCUAGUUUGCUAGCUUGCAAAGCAAGAAAUAAAAUGGAGUGGUAUGGGGUGUAUAAUUCUAUUAGUACUGGUCUGGAAAACAAUCUAAAUGUGGAUAAUAUGAGAAAGAUUUUGUCAUUUAGCUAUUAUGAGCUACCAUGCCAUUUAAGGGCUUGCUUGUUAUAUUUGAGCAUGUUUCCUGAAGAUUAUGAAAUUGAGAAGGAUCAUUUGAUAAGAAUGUGGAUAGGUGAAGGUUUUAUCCAAUGUGAUAAAGCAGAGAAGAGCCUAUUUGAACUCGGAGAGAGUUAUUUCAAUGAGCUUAUAAACAGAAGCAUGAUCCAACCAAUACAUAAUGCAGAUGAUAUGAUAUCAAGCAUGAUCAAACCAAUAGAUGAUAUGAUAAUACAUAAUGCAGAUGAUAUGAUAUCAAGCUGUCGUGUACAUGAUAUGGUGCUUGAUCUUAUCCGCUCCAUGUCAUGUGAAGAAAACUUUGUUACUGUACUAAGUAAUAUGCGAGGUACAUCUCCGUCAAAUACGAUUCGGAGGUUGUCCCUUCAGAAUGGCCAGGAAAGUCAUGUGAUGGAUCAAGCUACAUGGGGCUUGCAACAUGCAAGGUCAGUUGUUAUCUUUCCAGCUUCUGUUUCUCUCAUGCCGUCUCUUGACUGCUGCCGAGUUUUACGUGUUCUGGAUUUAAAGGACUGCAAUCUUUCACAAGCUAAUAGUAUCCUUAAGUGCCUUGGGAAUAUACAUCAGUUGAGGUACUUGGGACUAUGUGAGACAGGUAUUUCUCAGCUCCCGGAAGAAAUAGGAAACCUGAAGCUUCUACAAACAUUGGAUGUAAGGGACAACCACAUUUCCAGGUUGCCUUCGAGUGUUGUCCAGCUAAGAAAGUUGAUGUGCCUAUACAUUGACUGGUAUACAAGUGCACCGGACGGAAUUGGAAACCUAACAUGCCUUGAACAGCUGUCAGUGUUACGCAUUGAUGACUCCACCAGAAACAUUGUAGAAGAGUUGGGCCAGCUAAUUGAACUGAGGCGGCUGUCCAUUGAAUUGGACAAGUGGAACGACAAGCUGUGGGAGUGUCUAUGCAAGCUACAAAAGAUGCAGAAUCUAUUUAUCACAGUAUCGGCGGAUUGGAUGCCUGGGUCGCCUGGACAAUGCAGCAUCGGCGGAUCGGAUGCCUGGGCCCCUCGACAUCUCCGCGUAUUUUGUGCACUAGACAGCUGUUGGUUUUCAACACUUCCGGCUUGGGUAAAUCCAUCGCUUCUUCUAGACCUCACCAAGCUAUACAUCGACGUGAGGGAGCUACAUCAGGCCGAUCUCGAAAUCCUUGGGAGGUUGCCAGCUCUCCGCUUUCUAUCUCUGAAGGUGGACAACAAGAACCUCAGUAUCAUUCGGGGAUUUGUUGUUGGUGCUGGUGCGUUCCCGUGCCUUAUAAGCUGUUACUUCUGUCAAUUUGUGUGGCCAGUGGUAUUUCAGCAGGGAGCUAUGCCAAGGCUCAGAGAGCUUGUGUUCCGUCCGUUUUAUCUGCGGGAGGCAAGACGAAUUGCCUACACCGAUGGUAUUCUCGACUUGGGCCUGAGAAACCUGCCAGCGAUGCAGGAUGUCCAGGCUGACCUGCGAUGUGAUGGUGCUGGCAAGGAGGAGGCAGAGCAAGCCAAGGCUGCGUUGAUGCAUGAAGCUGAAAUGCAUCCCAAUCUUCCCCUCCGUGAUAUAUCUUUAUCGACGUGAAGGAGCUACAUCAGGCCGAUCUCGAAACCCUCGGGAGGUUGCCAGCUCUCCGCUUUCUAUCUCUGAAGGUGGACAAUAAGAACCUCGGUAUCCUUGCAGGAUUCGUUGUUGGUGCUGGAGACAAGAGGAAUUGCCUGCAGUGACGGUAGUCUCGACAUGGGUCAGGAAAACCUGCCAUCGCUGCAGCAUGUCAUGGCUGACCUGUAAUGUGAUGGUGCUAGUAAGAAGGAAGCAGAGCAAGCUAAGGCUGCGCGCUGAUGCAUGAAGCUGAAAUGCAUCCCAAUCAUCGCCAUCAUUAUAUUUCAAUGCGCUCAUAAAGGUGCGCUAGCUCCGGCUGUUAUUCCUUGCUUCUCUCCUAAUCCCCAUUUCCACCGGGCUGUUAUUCCUUGAGUUAUCGAUGAUGACAACUUGCUCCUUGUUAAAAAGUUCCUCGGUUUCCUCACAUUUACAGAGAAGAGAUCAAAUUGCCGGCCUUGUGAGUGAUGAUCUGUGUACCACUCCUAUAAGUGAUGAUGUUUUUUACUCAAUUUUCAAUGGAAAUGUACAGCUUUGUGAU